AUGGGUAUCAGCGGGCUACUGCCGCUCCUGAGUGAGAUACAGAAGCCGUCGCACGUCAAGGAGUGGAAGGGGAAGACGGUCGCGGUCGACGCAUAUGUCUGGCUGCAUCGGGGGGCGUACGGCUGUGCGCAGGAUCUCGCCCUCGGCAAGCCCACGGUCAAAUACGUCAACUACGCCAUGCACCGCGUCCGUAUGCUCAAGUAUUACGGUGUGACGCCCUUCCUCGUCUUUGACGGCGGCCUCUUGCCGAGCAAGAUGGGCACGGAGGACGAGCGCGAGAAGCGGCGGUCGGAUGCGCUGGUGAAAGGGAAUGCGUUCCUCGCGGAGGGAAAAGCGGGACAGGCGCGAGAGUGCUUCGUCAAGGCAGUGGACGUCACGCCAGCGAUGGCGUUUCAGCUGAUCAAGGCGCUGCGAGCCGAAGGAGUCGAGUAUGUCGUCGCGCCCUACGAAGCCGAUCCCCAGCUCGCCUACCUCGAAAAAUCCGGCAUCGUCGACGCCAUCGUGACCGAAGACUCGGACCUCCUCGUCUUCGGCUGCCGCAAUGUCCUCUUCAAGAUGGACGGCGAGGGCGCCUGCGUCCACGUCUCGCGCGACGACUUCUCCAAGUGCCGCGAGUAUAACUUUGCGGGCUGGUCAGACGCGGAGUUCCGGCAUAUGGCGAUUUUGAGCGGGUGCGAUUACCUGCCCAGCAUCCACAAGCUCGGCCUGAAGACGGCGUACAACCUGCUGCGCAAGUACAAGAAGCCGGAGAAGGUCAUCCAGUUCGUCCGGCUCGAAGGGCAGCUCGACGUUCCUCGCAACUACCUCGACGAGUUCCGCCGCGCCGAACUCACCUUCCUCCACCAACACGUCUUUGACCCUCGCACUCGCAAGCCCACGCACCUGCACCCGCUCCCGCCUGACAAGACCUGCGACGACUUGCCCUUCAUCGGACCGUUGCUCGAUGAGGAUUUUGCGCGGGGUCUCGCCGCCGGCGAGAUCGACCCUAUCUCGAAGGAGCCGAUGGUCGACCUAUGCCCUGAUUCGUUCCCGCUCAACAAGGACACCUCCCUCGCAACGCCGAAAGGUAAAGCAGGCUUCGCACCGUCCUCGUCGAAGUCGAAGAACGCCAUCACUCCUGCCCAAGGUUCCGCCUCACUCCUCUCCUUCUUCUCGCGCAAGACGCCUGCCGCCUCGACUUCAUCGCCUGUCAACCCCGUCAAAGUCGUCGCAGCGAACAAGAAGGUUCAGCUUGUCGCCAAUCCGAGCCGGUCUGCCGAUGCGAAGGAGAACGAGGCUGUCGAGCGGAAGAGCAAGUUCUUCGGCGCUCCGGCAAAGAAGCAGACGGAGGCUGUUCGGCCCGAUGAUGAGGUGGUCAUCGUGGAGGCGUCGGUCGUGCAGGUCGAGGAGGUCGAGAUGCAGGAGGACUUGCCGGCGAGCGAUGCGGACGCCGAGGCUGCACUGCGCGACGUCGAGCUUGAGGUGGAGCUUCGCUCGGCUGUCUCGGUUUCGUCAGGCGGAUCGACCGAUGCUGCUGUUUUGCGCCCCGAAGAGGAUGAUGUCGCCGUUGAUGGAGGCGCCAAGUCCGAUGUCCCAGCACCUCGAAGCGAUAAUGCGCCCGGACUCGCCGUCACGCCGGGCCGACAGUCGCGCGAACUCUCCCUUCCCUCAGCCAUCUCUUCGCCCGCCUCGACACCCUCCCGCAAACGCCGCAAACUCUCGCACGACCCGGACGAUCUUUCGCACAUGCCGGCCUUGACCGAGCAAGACGAUGUGCUCGAGUCGGACGGCGGCAUCAGCAGUCCUGCGGCGGCGAGCACGGCGGCGGAGGCUGGAUGGGCGUCGACGAGCGAGGCGGGCGAUUUGCCCGUCAGCGACGUCCUCUCCAGCCCUGUCAAGCCCGUACCCGUCGAAGCGCUCCGCAUCAAGCGCGAGCUCGACGACAACGCCGCGAUGAAGCAACCCGCCGCGCAACUCGGCCUCUCGUCUGAUCCCAUCCUCCUCUCCUCCGACGUUGUCGACGCCGACGACCUCUUCGAGCGCACGCCGCGACCUGGUCCGAACAGGAAGUCGCCUCGCCGGAUAAAGGGCCCGAAGGCUCCGGCCAAGUCGUCCUCAGGUGCCGUCAAGCCGAAGCUUGUCCGCGACUCGAAGAAGAAGGCGGUCGAGGUGCUUGAGGACACGCCGAAGGCCGCGGCGAAGACCGGCUCAAGCAAGAAGUCGGCGUCUCGCAAGAAGGCUUCUCAGGAGGAGGAGGAGGACGAGGCCAUCAGCGAGGCGGUCAAGACGGUUGCGGCUUCCUGGAGGGCCAGGUUCAUGAUGCCUGCGGCGGGUGUCCGGACUCCUCGCUCAAACGCAGCGGGCUUCGGUGGACUCCCCCCGACGCCAACAACGACCUCGCGACCUCCCUCGGUACCGAAGCCUCAGAUGGCAACGGCAACCGGCGACGCGAAAGCGAAGGCCGCCGUAACCUCGACCCGCAUCCCGCUCUCGCCUCGCUCGACGAAUCGCACUGCCUCGCUCCCGACCUUGCGCGACGACGCCCAAAUGGCAAAGUCAUCGUCCGCCGGCCUUCGGAAAACCCUCACAGCAACGUCGCCGCUAAAGAAGGCGCGGACCUUUUCGUCGCCCGACGACAUCGCACCCUUGCCCGGCCUCUCACCACCAGAUCCGGAUACGUCUUCCUCGCCGGUCGUCGUCACGAACCCUCGACUCCUCGCCUUCCGCUUCACCGGUACGGUCAAGCACAACUGA